AUGGCUAAAGAAAGAAGUCCAAUUAAGGUUCCAUCUGAAAAUGAAGACUUACCUGACAAAGAAAAUGCUCCAGAUUUUGAUGAGGACACUUUACGAGGUGAGCUAGGUUCAACUUUGGCUUCAGUCACUGUUAAAACGUUUUCUAUUCCACCAGUUUCAAGAAUGUAAGCAGAUGUGGAGAAUGAUAUUAAUACACUGCAUGACCACCUUAAAGGAUGUUUGGCCAGUCAUGACUCUCUUGUAUGAUUACAAUAUGCUGUUGAUUGACUGAGAGGAUCCAUGACAUAUUUGUUAUUUUCUUUUCUCAAAUUUCAAAGCAAGUACACAAAGUUAUAAUAAGUAAAGACUUUAUUUGAUCAUCAUAUGACAUUCAUUUUGUAAGUUUGCAUCAUAAGUACCAUCAUCAUCAUCAUCAUCUUUCCAUUAUAUUAUGCAACAUUAAAUUGAAAGUUUCAACUUCCCCUAAGCAACCAAUUUCCAGUAGAGUGCAAGUGUUAUAUCAUUGAAUAUGGAGGUGUUUAACCCUUGACACCCGAACAUCAGUAUCCAUAUUCUCCAUACUAUUCUUUGUAUGUUUCUUGUGGUACUGAAAAAGAGAAUUCAUUUGAAGAUCAAUGCUUCUUAGGUUGGUGAUCAUUUCCUUUAUUCUCAUGAGCUAAGUGAAUGAUUCAGCAGUAUUACUCCAAGCUUUUCAAGGGAUGGGUCAAGUCAGGCAGGUGCAAAAGUGGCAGCUGGCACUAAAGGAAAAAUCUGCAGAUUUUAAAUCUCCAGAUCUUGGCAGCUCUGCUUAUGCACUAAUUAACUACAACCACAUGUAAUUAUUAACUACAACCACAGACUUUGACACAAAUUAUUUUUUAUUUUUUCUUUGCAGCCAUAGCUGAUGUUUAUAGAAAUGAGGGUAAUGAGGCCUUCAAGAAAGGAGAUUUCAUCAAUGCUAUUCAUUUUUACACCAAAGGAAUUAAAAUGAACUGCAAUGAGAAAGAACUGAAGGCCAAACUGCACAACAACAGGGCUAUUGCACAUUCUAAACUUGGUAAGAUGAUGAUAUCCAUUUUUUUCUAUUUUGAAGCUAUUGAGUUGUCAGUAGUAGUUUUCUGAAAAAGGUGAUAAUUUUGAAUGCAUGCCCGGAAAAAUGUACAUCUUAUGUUGGCCUCUCAAAUAUACAAAGAAGUAACCUCUUACCCCAGAUAUCAAUGAGCAUCACAAGUUUUUUCCCAAAAUUAUAGUAAUGGUAGUUGGUUUGCAACAUGUAUGGCUGAUCAGAGAUAUUUAUUUCAAUAACAGGAAAUCACCAGGAUUCACUAAGGGAUGCAGAAGCAGCCAUUGAGUUAAAUCCAACUUUCCUUAAGGCAAUUGUGAGAGGUUAGAUAUGUUAGCUGUGCUAUAAUAAUAAUAACAAAAGAACUCAACACUCUAAGGUUAAAUGAGGUUAAAUGGAGUUCAAUCUUGUCUCAAUUGACUUUAAUUAAGAGGUCGAGACCACCCUGAUGUACAUUUGAAUCCAGCUCUUGACUGCUACGCCAUUACUUUCCAUUAAUCAUGAUAAGAAUAUUAUUUUGAACGGGAUGAAGAACUCAAUGCGGAAUGCAAAGCAAAAUUUCAGCAUGAAUAUUUUAGUUCCUUAAGUCCAAUGAGUCACAGGUGUCAGAUAUGUUAAGAGAGUGUCCACGAGAGCACCGGGCAGUCGUGCUACAAGCCAUCCCACCGAUUUCAAUGAAACUUUGGCAGUUUAAAGGGUCUACCCCAAAACUCAAAGAGACAAACUGGUUUCUGUCUUGGUUCUUCCGGGGGGAGAUAGACCACACCCGGUUUUUCUUGGUUUUCACCAAGGAAAUCGCUUCAAAUAGGUAAAAUGUAUGAAGCUCUCACGGCGAUGGUCUUUAACCGAUUACUUUGAGGAUUUGCACACAUAUUUUUACAUCCUUAGUUAAUGUCUGCUGCGAGUAUCAUUCAGUUUGAUUGACGGCUUGUCAAUCAAUAGAGGCAAAUAUACGACUUUGGUUUUAGACUUUUCGAUUCAUCCAAAUAUUUGACAACUUUGAGGUCAAAUAUCUCCCGUUGCCAGAAAGCUACAACAAUAUUCCUAAUACCCCUUUAUAACCCAUUAUUUCAUCUCUGAAAAUCAUCAAAAAAAAUCUUUUGGGCACUACCGUAUUUUUGUCUUGGAUACCUUUUAAAAUCUGCGACUGUGACAAGUUUUCUUAACUAUACCUGUCACACAAUUCUUGCUCUAGGCGGUCACUUGACAAAAUAAACCUACAUUUUUAGCUCUUUAUACAAGAUGAUAGAUCAAGAAAGGUGAAAAAUGUGAAAUACUUUCGAGAUUUUUUGUAGGAUUGGAAAAUUUCACGUUUAGAGAGAUGCAUGUAAACGAAAUAUCAAUGGGAAAAUCGUAGCGUUUCUUUCUUCAGUCGUUUAUUACUUUAUUACUUUUUAUUACAACUUCGGCUUUUACAGACGAGAAAUUCUGCGCUCUCGCUCGAGAGCAAAUAUCAAUACUUCUAUCAGACUAAAAACUGUGCCUCUAUCCCGAAAAAAAAUUUAAAAUAGUGUUGUCGUUGUCACUUACCGCCAUCGAACAUUUCCAUGCGGAACUCCGCUAAGCUAACAUCUGUUGUGUGACCCGAAGACUCUUAGUAGGAAUUAUUCAAGCGCGUUGUUCAUGCUGUCUGCUAGAUAACAAUUUCAGAAUAAUCUGCAGAUCUCUAUGAUUAUUUGCCUGCUUCGAUCGUAAAAUAUCUUUUUUUUUUUUCAAGCAUUCUAUUACUACACAUAAAUCUUCAUCUCUCUACAUCGAGUGUUGCCGGCGUUUAAUUGCGUGACUUGUAAAAUUUUUAAAUGAGAAUCUGAGCCAGCGGUAAUUUGACGAGUAGCCUUCCUGCAAAUUUGCCUUGAUGAAAUCCCAAGACAUAGCCAGUUGUUUUCGUGAGCAAAGACAAUAAAUAUGAGAGGAAAGUGAGAUGCAAAUGUCUUCUUUUUUUUUAGCUCAAUAUCAGCUUUACCCUCUCCUGCAGUCUUCGUCUAAAUUUUGCAAGGUCUCUCCUUAUCUUCUGCCUUGUUCGGUCAGUUUCGAAUUCUGAAGCUAGAUCAUUGGCAUCGGCCUCUCCUUCCUUAUUCGUAUUUACAGAGGGGGACCUCAUCAAUCAACCAAUUUUUGUUACGGCAGAUAACCGGCUGAAGUAUCGAGCGAUUUGCUGCUGUAUCAACCGGUCAGUCUUAGACAACAUUUCUGGCUGGUGUCGUCUCUUAAACUCGAUAUUUGGGAAAUCACAUUAGAGGUGGUUGCCUUACUAGUUUCCUCCCUUGUCCAGCACACUAGAUGUCUAGGAGAUAAUUCUCUGCUUUCUGAGAAAAGGUGGCUGUUUUUUGUGUUUUCCAAAGAGCCCAUCCAAAGUCUUCUUGGCUAGUUAGGGAUUGUUCGUCAGACUUUUUACCUGAGGUCCGACCUCGAACGUAGCCGUCCCCUAUAGAAUGGCAAGCCGGUCUUAGUCCAUUUCCUCUUGAUCUUAUCCUAGGCAGAAUUUUUUUGUCGGUUUCACUGUCUUUGUCUUUUUUAGGGUACAUUUGGAUGGCAGCCAAUGACUGAAACGUCCUCAGCUGAUACAUCCUUCUUUUAGCAAGAAUAUCUCGCUUUCUUGUUCCGUCUAUGACGGAUUGGGUAUAGUUCUUGCGAUGACCCGCGUUCAGAAAUAUGUGCACGUUGCUGAUAACCACCCGCUUGUACGACUAGUUUGCUGAAGGUUUCUAAUGUGACGAGCCUAGUGAGACCCUGAGGUGCUUCAAACUGUGCCAGUUGGUCUGCGCUAUAAACUUGUCGCAGUUCUUAAGUCAGAGGGAGGAUCGCCUACCUCUAUCUAUGUGAGCGUCUCUACAGUACCUGUGUAUCCCUAUCAAUCAUAUGAUAUAAAGUUCAUCUCGGUCACAAAUCACCAGUUAGGAAAACUGAUGUUCAGAUAGGCGCUCUUCUUGCCCUUCUUCCUUAUUCAUUGUCGACUCCAAGAUAGCAGCUACAGUAGGCGUUCUAUUUAGGUUUACAGUCACCUUGCCGCCACUAGAAAGACUCGCCACCAGCUUUGAUUUCUUCUGCCAUCUGCAGAUUCAGCUCUCUCUCACUUUAUGUCUCCGAUUUUUAUGAGGAGGAUAGUGGCAUUUACGAACCCGAAGGUCUGGAUCUCACACCAAGUUGUGCACGAUAUUUGAGGUACAUCGUGAAAUCGCGGCCUUCGUCAUCUCCAAAUAAGCCACUACGCGCUGGAAUAAGCUUCAUCUCGGACGAAACGCAUGUUUGGCAUACAUCGACGUCUCUCAAAUGUUUUUUUUAAAGCUGUAUACCCACGAAUUUAGAGGUGUGAGCUGUUGCCGUCCCUGGCCAGCGCGAGAAAAGUAACAUUUGGUUGUACAGUUAGUUGCAAAUGAACAAGACAACUGCACCAUCUUGACUUACCAAUUCGAGUGUUAGAUUGAAUUGAGGGCUUUUUAGACACUCGAUUUCUUAUAUGGUAUCACUAUGAAGACGUAAUAAAACUGAUACACCUACACUGCAUAGGAUUAACAAUGUCUGUUGUGCUGUUGCGAGAAGGAGGAAAAUAUUACCGGAAGUGUACGCUCUUUUUAAAAAGAGUUUCAGAGACGUUUCAGAAAUGUCUAUCUUUGAUCGACUGUAAAAAAAAAAUGAUCCCCACUUAAAUUUACUAGGAAAAAUGAACUUACCAACUGCUUGUUGAAAAAAUUGGAAUUCAUUUGACCGAUACGCCGGUUGUUUCAAUUUUUCUUUCUCCUCGGGCUGCUAUGAAACAGUUCAUAAAUUGACUAAUGAAUAAAUUGUUUUGAAAUACCGUUCGGGAUUUGCCUUUUUUUUCUGCGUGCAAAUCAAGGGUAGACAAAGUUUUUAAAACAUUUGACUAGAAUUUCAUGGAGUUCACCUCGAUAAUUCUCGUCGGCAAGAGUCAAGACGCGCCAAGCUGAGCGACAUCGCCCUCCAUUAAAAAAAAUUUUCCAAAGAAUAAACGUGGCGAGGGUGAGGAAACGCACAUUUUUUUCAUCAUUGUGAUCAAAGCC